GGCGGCCUGGGGGCCGGGCGACGCCGCACGGUGACGUGCAACGGCAGGUCGUUUUGGCCGCGGUGGCGGCGGCGGCGGCAGCGGCAGCGGCAGGGCCUCCUCCCCCCGAAGCCGAGGGCAUCGAAGCCUCGGCCUCGGCCCUGUUUAUGGCGGAAUGACGGAGCCGGGCGCCCAGAGGGAGAGUCCCGCUGGCGGCGGGGAACCGGGGCCGGGCCCGGCGGCGCAACGGGAGGGCGCCGGGGCGGACGGGGAGCUGGAGGCCCGGGACGGGGAGCAGAAGCAGAAGCAGAAGCAGAAGCAGCAGCAGCGGAGGCAAGAGGACGAGGAGGAACUGGACCCCCGUAUCCAGGAGGAGCUGGAACAGCUGAACCAGGCCAGCGAGGAGAUCAAUAAGCUGGAGCUACAGCUGGACGAGGCCAGGAACACUUACCGGAAAAUCCUCUCAGAAUCCGCCAGGAAGUUGAACGCUCAGGGCUCCCAGCUGGGCAGCUGCAUCGAGAAGGCUCGCCCCUACUAUGAGGCUCGGCGGCAGGCCAAGGAGGCCCAGCAGGAGACCCAGAAGGCAGCCCUGCGAUACGAGAGGGCGGUCAGUAUGCACAACGCUGCCCGAGAGAUGGUGUACGUGGCCGAGCAGGGUCUGAUGGCCGACCGGAACCGACUGGACCCCACUUGGCAGGAGAUGCUGAACCAUGCCACCUCGAAGGUGAACGAGGCGGAGGAGGAGCGCCUGAGGAGUGAGCGGGAGCACCAGAGGGUGACACAGCUGUGCCAGCAGGCCGAGGGCCGCGUCCAGCAGCUGCAGAAGGCCCUCAAGCGGCUCAUCCUCAAAUCCAAGCCCUACUUCGAGCUCAAGGCCCAGUUCAACCAGAUUCUGGAGGAGCACAAGUCCCGGGUGACGUCACUGGAGCAGCGGGUGUCCCAGGCCAAGACUCGAUACUCAGUGGCCCUCAGGAACCUGGAGCAGAUCAGUGAGCAGAUCCACGCCCGGCGCCUGCGGGCACUGGGACCCCGGCGCACCUCGCCCGUGGGUGCCGAGUCCAGCCCGGCCCAGCCCGAGGAGGUGCAGGAGGCCUCGGCCCUCACCCCUCUGGGAGCCGAGGGCCCUGCCUCUGAUACCCUGUCCGUCCUCAGCUUCCAGACCAUCGCCUCCGACCUGCAGAAGUUCGACUCGGUGGAGCACCUGGAGGAGCUGUCGGACGCCACCAGCCUGGACAGCGACGAGACGGAGCCCGAGACGACACGCAGCAGUCACUCCACCUUCCUCUACAGGCACCAUCGCAGCGUCAGCCUGUAGCCUGCUGGUCCGGGAGGGGUGGGCAUUUCCUGUCUCCACCCCCACCCCCCCACCGGCCCCAGGUACUCGUCUCCCAGGGCGCCCUAUAUCCACCCUGCACAGGGGCAUUGGAGACGUCGGCCAUAAAGGUCAGGGUGUAGGGGGCUAGUGGUGGGAGCUCGGGGUCCGCAGACCCAGGACUGUACUGUACCUCCAGGAGCCCUCCUGGAAUCUGUCCACAAGAUCCCUGUGGACCAUGGUCACUCCCUGUGAGAUAACCUGCCAGGAGGCUGUGCUCUGCUCCGUAGGGAUGCAGGGGUAUAUGACUGAGGCAUGGCAAAUAAUCCAGGGAUAUCUCCCCACCUCACUCCUUUUCCUCGUCAUGGGUACUCAAUCCAGGGGUUUCCCUUUCACUGUCGCUCACCUCCGGCACAUUACGCAGAGGUUUACCAAUCUCCUGUCCUGCCUGAGUGAAUCGCACCAUGUUGCCCCCCUCUCUGUGUCAACCAGUGUUCCUUCCCUUGUGUCAGGUGGAUAAAUCACCCAGUGAUUCUUCUCACUGUGUCCCAGCCAGGGGAAGUCACCCAGUUCUUCCACACACUCUUUAACUCAGCGUGGAUUGAUCACUGAGUUACCACUGGGACCCCAGUGUACCUCACCCAUGAGCAGCAAGCCCAGCUGGGAGAAAUCGCCCCCUGUAUCUCAGCCCCGUAAAUCCCCGGUGUUUCCAGACUCUGUGUCUCAGCCUGGACAGAUCACCCAGAGUCCACACACCCUGUGUAUCUCAGCCCGGGUACGUAAGAAUCUCCUUCCCCAUUUGCUCACUCAUCAAUGUGCUGCUUUGGUUAGUGUGAGCAUCCCUUCUCUCCAUGUCCUCUCACACCUCUCCCUUGCCCAGAGUGCCCAUCUGGCAUCCCCUUGUGGGACUGCGUUCUGGAAGGAGAGGCAUUUGGUCUGCAUUGAAGAUCCGUCCCCCUGGUCUGGUAACCCCAUGCACGAUGGACCUGGUGCUCAGGGAACCUGGUCUGAUGACUGCAGGGCUGCCCACGUAUCUGGGAUGUAUUUAUUACAGACUUGUUUUUAUAUCUGUACACAUUGGCCAAUCCAUCUCUGUUCGUCCCUCUCUCUAGAGAGAGAGAGAGAGAGAAGCCUCAACACACCUUCAGGAUGACUUGUCUCUCUCGGUGUUGCUAACUUUUCAAUGACACUUCCUGGUGACUGGGAAGUAGGUUCUGCAGUAAAUAAAAUAGUAAUUUCUGCGCCAAA